GGAGACGGGGACCUAUCGGCGGCGUUGGAAUGCGCCCUUGCGGCUAAUGAGCAGCGGUGGAAUGCGAGCUGGCGACCAAUGAGGGCGAAGGGAACGUGGUGUGUGUUUGUGUGUUCGUGCGGGGCUAGCGGUGGAGGGGACGGGACGAGCGGUCGCCAGUGGCACUGAGGACAAUUGGAAAGCGGAUGGCGCCGCUACAGCUGUUAUAAAGAGGAACUGUGCCGAGAUUUAGCUUACCACAAAUGUACCAAUAACACAGUGCAUUGGAGCAAAGCUUCACUGAUAGUCAUUCACACACACAUAUAGGCAGUAGAGUUGUGGCACAAGGUUGGGAGCUCAAAGUCUUUCAACACCUACAGCAAUCAGGACCAGGGCAAGCCGAUGCACCCAGAGACCGUGCGCUACAGGUGACAUCUUCCGUGUGUGGCAACCAAGGUGCAGAACCAAAAGUCUUUGCGGAGAGCUUGACUGGUGGCCAAACAAGGAGACGGCCUCGGCGACAAACCCCCACCGACAGCGUGCUGCGGGAAGCGCCGCUGAGGAAAUCACCCGAAGGACGCUGCAGCGAACGGGGCCAGAGCGCGGAGUGGAGUGCGCCGCGAGUGGUCGGCAGCACCGCCACCCAUCCCCACCCCCCCGCGGCACGUCUGCAUCUCGGGGUCAGUGCACCGUGGGCUCCUGCUCCCUUCAGCUCCACAAGUUGCACUCCCGUUCAGUCUUGUUUUCGGUCCGACGACGCGUCUUCUAAAUAUACAUUUGGUUGAUAUAAGGCUCGAAUCUGGAUUUACCUUGGAAAAGACUUGGCAAAGGCAGCAAUAAAAUGGAUUUGUAUUUGGUGGAUAUAUGGAAAUAGAAUUUCAGAUGCAUGCCAAGCCUACGGUGAAUGCUGGAAUUAGUGAUCGCUGCAGAUGGAGACCCGUAUUCAGCAUGGCGGUGGUGGUUCAUUGGUGGUAAUCCAGCAACCCUCUCUUGACAGCAGGCAGAGACUGGACUAUGAACGGGAGCUGCAGCACACUGCCAUUUUAUCCCUCGAUCAGAUUAAAGCAAUCAGGACCAGCAAUGAAUACACAGAAGGCCCUGCUAUUGCGAAGAAGGCUAGUAGCAUUAAUAGCAGCAGACCCACACAACGGCAUGAGAAGCAUGAAAGGACUCACGAAGUGAUACCGAUCAAUGUGAAUAAUAACUACGAGCAUCGGUCCACUCACCACACACAUGCCGGUCACCACUCCUCGACCAGGAUGCCUGUGUUGAGCAGAUCGACUAGCACAGGUAGUGCAGCUAGCUCAGGGAGCAACAGUAGUGCAUCGUCUGAGCAAGGGCUUUUGGGGCGUUCACCACCGACACGGCCAACCUCCAGCCACCAUAGAUCGGACAGGAUGGUUAGAAUACAGCCUAAACCAUCUCUCUGCACAACAGAUGAGCUGAAAUGCUUAGGGAAGGAGGACCUGACAAAGCAUAGAUUUAUAUGUGAGCAAUGUGGGAAGUGCAAGUGCAGAGAGUGUACAGCACCGAGGACCCUCCCUUCACGUUUGGCUUGUAACAGGCAGUGCCUCUGCUCAGCCGAGAGCAUGGUGGAGUACGGUACAUGCAUGUGUUUAGUAAAGGGAAUCUUCUACCACUGCUCCAAUGAUGAUGAGGACUCCUGUGCGGAUAAUCCUUGCUCCUGCUCCCAUUCGCAUUGCUGCUCCAGAUUCUUGUGCAUGGGUUUAAUGUCCUUGUUUUUGCCCUGUUUACUCUGCUAUCUUCCAGCUAAGGGUUGUAUUAAACUUUGCCAGGGGUGUUAUGACCGUGUAAACAGGCCUGGGUGCCGAUGCAAGAAUUCAAAUACUGUGUAUUGCAAACUCAAGAGCUGUCCCACUCCAGGGGAGGACAAACCCUCAUGAUCUGGGGCAGCAGAGAUCUUUAACACUUUUUUCAUUUUUUAUUUUGAAAUCAUGCCUGUGUGUUUAUCCACUUCAGCCUCAGACUUGAUAUCAUCAAAGUGCAGCAACUGUUCUAAUCUUACCCGUUUUACAGUCGAGAGAUGGAUGCUCUUUGUCAACAUGGAACAGCUCCAGUUCUGCCUGUCCGGCUUAGGAUCAUGGAUGUUUCAGGUCCCCAGAGGUGAAGAGACAUCCGUAUCACUUCAAAGGAGUAAACCAUUGCUUUCUCACCUGCAAGCAGCCCCCUUAACUAAUUUCUGUUGUCCACAGAAUUUUCAUGUUGCACAAAAUAUUCUGGUAUUCUUCAAAAAAUCAUCGACAAAGUUAGCCUAAGUGAAACUAAUUAACCAGAUUCUGUGGGGGAAUUUGAUCUGUUUAAUGUAUGGAUGUUACAAUACAAUUGCAAACCAGCAAGAUAACUGGGGGAAACCACUGGUGCAAUGGUCACAAAGCAGUGGCCUGCGCUAGAGUUUCUAUCACAAAACUAUAUUCACUCUGAAAGAGCCAGAUUUUCUCAGACACUUAAAGUACAUUGGGUUUCAUUAUUCUUUUAUAAUUUCGUUACUUGUUUCCAUUUUGUUGCAGAAUUCUCCUGAAAUUAUCCAGGUAAACUUUCCCUGUUCCCUAAUCAAGAGAUUAAGCAGAUUUGAGAAUAAAGCUGUGUUCUCUGCUUUGUACUCAAUGUGCUUUACUGUGAAGGGGAGUGCUUAUUCUGGCCACCUCAAACUACUUUAGCAACAGGGUAUCAUUAGUUAAGUUGUAUUAAUUGACAAGAUUUCCAUUGUUUGCUAUGUGUUGGGAAACUGUUAAUGUGCUAUUUUUGUUCAGUUUAUAGUUUUACAAUAUUUAGCUGACCUUGGAAUUUUCACCUCUGUUAGUGUGUAAGUUCUUGGGAACCUUUUUAGAAUGUAGAAUAUGAUCAAGUUUUCAAAGAAUACAACUUGGUUUAUUGGAUGAUACAAGGUGAGCUAGUAUGAUUUCAAAAUUUGUAGUAUACUGCAUGCCUCAAGUUCUUAACACAUCUCUAUGUUUAAGCAAGUUAAUCAAACAGUAGGAAAGAAUAACAUUAUUUUAUAAAGAAAGUAAAAUGAUUUGUUUUAUCAUAAUUCAAAAUUCUGCACUUGUCCAAACAACAGCAAAUUAUAGCAAAGACUACAAUGUUCAGCAUAAUGUAAAACCUUUUUUUCAAAAGAUAGAUCAGUCUUGGGUUUUAUAUUUCAAUCUAACCCACAGUGGGUGUUGUAAUACAGAAGUACAGAAUGCUUCUUUAAUUUUGUAGUUUAAUAAUGUUUUAUACAGAGGAAUAACAAUAUUUUCUGAGAAGUGAUAACUGGAUAUCAGAGGUAUUAGCAAAAUGCCCUUGAUAAAUAUCAAUUUCUAUUUUAUUGUGACAUCCAUAAUUAAAUAUCAGGUUGACUUAAAAUUGUUGGGACCGUAUUCUGGUUUAUUUUCCUAAAUUUGCCCCAAUAAGUUCUCCUUACUUCUGUCUCAAGCCAACCUGUGGCUUUAUCAUGUAUAUAUUUUAUGUUUAAAAAAGGUUUUGAGGAAUUCCAUGUGUUUUAAAAUGUCUCAAAACUUCUUUUGUUGUAAAGAAUAUUUAUUAUGUGAAGCUCUAUUAUUUUAUGGUAUUUAUUUCAAAAAGCUGUCUGAAAUUUUACUCAUUUCUGAAUAUAACAAAUAGCAUUACUUACUGAGAAAAAUUAAGGGUGGCACAAAAGAAAAUGCAUAUGUUAACUAUAAGGCAGAAAUAUAUAAAUUAAUGAAAGUA